GUCAGCAGUGAGAUCUUUGUGAUGCUGGAAGAAGACGGCCAAUCCAUACGAUUUAUGCAAGAGUGAGUCAAAAUUCUGAACUGCUAACAGAACACUACGCUUUGUGGAAUGCAACAGUACCAGGAGCUACUGAGGGAGAGAUGAUCGAUCUACGAACUCACAAAGUUACUUCUGUGCGGCGUAAAGAUCUUCACGGUCACUAUCUUCGUGCGUCGAUGGUUAUUACCAAUCCGGAUACGUUGAAUCAUCUCACGGACUACAAAGAUAAACACAUCGACACGAUCACGAAGGUGAACUAUAUUUUGACUAACUAUCUGGUAGCAUACCUUGGAGCCGAAGUGAACUACACCCGCGUGACAACCUGGGGCUACUACAACACUACCACCGGCAUGUGGGAUGGUAUGAUCGGUGAGCUAGUGCACAAUACGGCCGACCUGGGUGCAUCUCCGCUCUUCUUCACCACCGAUCGCAUUGCGGUGAUCGAGUACCUUGCCAUGACGUCCGAGACACGGUCCAAAUUUAUCUUUCGCUCACCGAAACUGUCCUACACCGAGAAUGUGUUCGUAUUGCCGUUCGAUGAUAAAGUUUGGAUCUGCGUAAUUGCCGUCAUCAUUGUUUCCUCCGUCCUGCUGCUCGUUACGCUCUGGGCGGAAUGGCGCAUAGCGAGCGGUGACCUGGAGAUGCCGCCAACCCCGCCCGAUUCCUCUACCAUGGUCGCCAGCCUGCGUGACACGCUGCUCAUGAUGUACGGGGCGUCCUGCCAACAAGGCUCGGCCGUCUUACCACGCAGCUGCAGCGCCCGCACGAUCACCAUGCUUACCUUCACGGUGUUGAUGUUCCUGUACGCUAGCUACUCGGCCAACAUUGUCGCGCUGCUGCAGAGUCCCUCGACCAAGAUCCAAACGCUGGAGGAUUUGCUUGCCUCGCGGCUCAAGUUCGGUGUGCACGAUACCGUGUUCAAUCGGCACUACUUUACGCACGCCACCGAACCGACGCGCAGGGCACUGUACGAGCAGAAGAUCCGCCGACCGUACGGACCGGACGCGUUCAUAGCGCUUGAGCAGGGCAUCGAUCGGAUACGGCAUGGGUUGUACGCGUUUCACGUGGAACAGGGCGUCGGGUAUAAGGUGAUCAGCGAAACGUACCAGGAGGACGAAAAGUGUGGUCUGCAGGAAAUACAGUACCUGCAGGUGAUCGAUCCGUACUACGCGAUACAGAAGAACUCGUCGUACAAGGAGAUGGUGAAGAUUGGAUUGUUUCGACUGAACGAGCACGGCAUCCAGUAUCGAGAGAACGACAAACUGUACACCAAAAAGCCAACCUGUUCGGGCGGUGGUGGCAAGUUCGUGCCGGUAAGUCUGGUCGACGUAGAGCCGGCCGUCUGGAUCAUCCUGUGGGGUAGUGGGCUGGCGUCGGGAUUCUUCCUAACAGAGCGGCUGUACUUUCGCUUUUUGAGAAGGAAAGUACGACAAUUUGUUCGUCGAUGGCAACACAACUAAACAACCAGGGUGAGAACGAAUGUCAUCAAGUUUAGUAGACGAGGUAGUGAAGACAGUGGAGUAAAUUUUCAGACAUUUUAUAAAUAAAUGUAUUUACUCAAAAAGAGAGAUAAAACAAUAGUAAUGAGAUUUCAACUACAGUAUAUGAUGGUAAUAUGUAAUAUUGUA